CCUCAUAGAAGCACGGGGACAAGGCAACAGCCAGCCAUCGGACGACCAACUGCUCUGUUUCUCUCGCCCUCUCCCUCUCUCCCUCCUCUCUCUCGCUCUCUCUCCUCCUUCCGUUGUUGAAAGUCUUCCAUUUCCUUUUCGGUUCAAGAGGACAAGAAAGGGAAGGAGCCGUCAAUGGCGGAUCUCAAGUCGAAAUUCCUGAAGGCGUACUCGGUUCUGAAGGCGGAGCUGCUUCAGGACCCGGCCUUCGAGUUCACUGACAAUGACCGGCAAUGGGUCGACCGGAUGUUGGACUACAAUGUUCCUGGUGGUAAGUUGAAUCGUGGGCUCUCCGUUCUUGACAGCUACAAGUUGUUGAUAGAAGGAAGGGAAUUGACUGAUGACGAAAUAUUUCUUGCCAGUGCCCUCGGCUGGUGCAUUGAGUGGCUUCAAGCGUUUUUUCUCGUCCUUGAUGACAUUAUGGAUGGGUCCCAUACACGCCGUGGUCAACCUUGCUGGUUCAGACUUCCCAAGGUUGGUAUGAUUGCAGCAAAUGAUGGUGUUCUACUUCGCAAUCAUAUUCCCAGGAUCCUUAAGAAGCAUUUCCGAGGAAAGCCUUACUAUGUAGAUCUGUUGGACUUAUUCAAUGAGAUUGAGUUUCAGACUGCAUCAGGCCAAAUGAUUGACCUGAUCACUACUAUCGAGGGAGAGAAAGAUUUAUCAAAGUACACUUUAUCACUUCAUCGUCGCAUUGUUCAAUACAAGACAGCAUAUUACUCAUUCUACCUUCCGGUCGCUUGUGCAUUGUUAAUGUCGGGUGAGAACUUGGACAACCAUGUUGAAGUAAAGAACAUCCUGGUUGAGAUGGGUACUUACUUCCAAGUUCAGGAUGAUUAUUUGGAUUGCUUCGGUGAUCCCGAGACUAUUGGCAAGAUUGGGACUGAUAUAGAAGAUUUCAAGUGCUCAUGGAUGGUUGUCAAAGCUUUGGAACUCUGCAACGAGGACCAGAAGAAAAUUCUACAUGAGAACUAUGGGAAUCCCGACCCAUCAAAUGUUGCAAAAGUGAAGGCCCUCUACAAUGAGCUCAAUCUUCAGGGUGUUUUUGCGGAGUACGAGAGCAAAAGCUACGAAAAGCUGAUAACCGCAAUUGAAGCUCACCCUAGCAAGUCGGUGCAGGCUGUGCUCAAGUCCUUCCUGGGAAAAAUCUACAAGAGGCAGAAGUAGAUUUCUGAGCAGUUUGUUCCUUCCUCUUCUUCCAACUGAGAGAGAGAGGGAGAGAUGUAUAAUUAAUAUUGUCCUUCCUAUUUAUGCAACCCUUCUAUUGCCUCCAUUGCUGUUGUUGUCCUGCUUUAGAAAAACAUCAUUCCUGAUCAUGGAGUUCUCUCCGGAACACAUAACAAUUUAUUGUUUUUUGUCUACAACUAUUUCAUUAUUAAUCUCAACCGCAGCUUUCAAAA